AGCCGCCAUAAACCCUCUGGUCGUCCCACCUGUGUUUGGCCAUCAGCCAUGUGACCAACCAACGUCUGGUUAUCAGUGCUGUGCUUGUGAAGCGCAGCGACCUCCGACCUUCUUCUGCUUGGCUCCUGUCAUGGAGAACAUGUGGGUUUUCAGAGCACAACCCCAGAGGGGGCGCGCCAUCCCCACCAUGUCCUCGCCGCCAUCUUUCCCCUGGUCUUUCACAUGUCAGAUGCUUUGAGCAGACCUCGGCGCCGGGUCCUGCGGUGACUCUUCGUGUGUGUCGACCGGAGUGUGUCGUCUGCUCUGUGUUGCCGGUGAUGUUCUUCUGAGGGUUCUCUUGUCCAGGUGGCUGCUGUUGAACGUGGUGCUGUGUGACAUCAUGCGUCCUCACGCCGGUGACUCUCAGUGUUGUUUUCUGGGUGGAGGCUGGUUGUGUUCCACCAUCAGCAGGUGCCAGGUGUUGUGCCACAGCAGAGGCGCUUCACGCUUCAGCAGCUGGGUGGAACAUUAACUUGAGUGCAGCACUUCCUUAUUAGUGUGCAGGCUCCGACGUGAGGGUCCAGAUGUCGCUGACUCCGCUGUGGUGUUUGAUCAUCGCCAAGCAACCCAUCGAUCGGCGGAGCGUCACAUGACUGUCAGCUCCCGACUGGUCGCUGCGCUGCUCGCGACAUGGACUUGUCCAAGUCCCUUCUCCCAGUCUGACCGUCCACGGGUGUGUGGAGCGUGCGCUGCUGUUGAUGGCGAGGUUCCAGUUGACCGAAGUGAAGCUGAGCUGGACCGCGCUGCUGGUUCUGGCCCAUUUCACCUACCUGCUGCUGGGGGCCACGGUUUUCCAGCUGCUGGAGCGAGAGGCCGAGAGCAACAACCGCAACCAUUUUCAGUUGGAGAAGUUGAACUUCCUGGCCAACUACACCUGCCUGGACGGGCCGGCGCUGGAGCAGUUCGUCCAGGUGAUUCUGGACGCUUGGGAGAGCGGCGUCAACCCGUCAGGCAACUCCACCAACCCCAGUAACUGGGACUUCAGCAGCUCCUUCUUCUUUGCUGGGACUGUGGUCACCACCAUCGGUUACGGCAACCUGUCGCCCAGCACCGUGUCGGGUCAGGUCUUCUGCGUCUUCUACGCGCUGUGUGGCAUCCCGCUCAACGUGGCCUUCCUCACGCAGGUGGGCAAGUGUCUCACCACUCAUCUGUCUCGGGUGCAGCGAGGGAUGGUGGCCGCCGUCGCCCACAAGCGGGCGGUGGAGGCCCUGGCCGUCAGCUCCUUCUUCCUCAGUGGCAGCCUGCUCUUCCUGGUCAUCCCGCCGCUGCUCUUCAGCUACGUGGAAGGCUGGUCCUUCGGCGAAGGCUUCUACUUCACCUUCAUCACCCUGAGCACCAUCGGCUUCGGAGACUACGUGGUGGGGAAGGACCCGGGGAAGGAGUACAUCUCUCUGUACCGGAGCCUGGCGGGGAUCUGGAUCGUCUUCGCCCUGGCGUGGCUGGCGCUGCUCCUCAACACGGGCUCCCGGCUGAUGGAGCGCCUGCUGGCCUUCAGGAGGCAGAGCCAGGACCCGGGCCUUCAGGCGGCCACUAAACUGGACCGUCUGUCCAAAGCAUAAGCCCAGACCCGCCUCAGGUGGUCCAAGACGCGUCCAAGGUGGGUCUGAGUCUGAGAGGAAACAGAACCACAGACGGCUUCUGGAAGUUCACCAGCUCGGCUGUCUUCGCCGCCACCG